CAGCUACUUCCUCAACAACUACUCGACGACUUUUUUAAGCUGCCAGCUUCUUUUUCUUUUUUGUCUUGUCUUCGACCAUUACAUCUAUACACAUGCACAAUUAGUUACACAAAGAGCAGAUAAUAAUUAGAUAUUUUUAUUUUUAUUUGGUAUAAUAUAUAUAUGUAUGUUUGGAGGGAAAGAAAGUGAGAGAAAAUAUUGAAGAAGUGAGAAAAUGGGGUGUGGGAAUUUGUUCUACAACUUACUCGUAAUAUUCUCUGUAGCUCUAAUUACAUACAACAUAAUAAUCGCAGCUAAUGCUCCUUUGAAGCAAGAGCUACCUGGUCCAAUAAAAUCCUCGUCAAUCUCUGUGGACCCUGUGAUCAAGAUGCCGCUCGAUAGAUCACGAAAAUACGGUAAGAAGAGACUGUUUCACACGGCGGUUACAGCGUCGGAUUCCGUGUACAACACGUGGCAGUGUAGAAUUAUGUACUACUGGUUCAAGAAGUUCAGGGACGGCCCUGAUUCUGAGAUGGGUGGCUUCACCAGGAUCUUGCACUCUGGUAAACCUGAUAAGUUCAUGGAUGAGAUCCCUACUUUUAUCGCCCAGCCUUUGCCGCCUGGCACGGAUCAGGGUUAUAUAGUUCUGAACAGACCAUGGGCAUUUGUACAAUGGCUUCAACAAGCAAACAUAAAAGAAGAUUACAUAUUGAUGGCAGAGCCAGAUCAUAUCAUUGUCAAACCCAUACCAAAUUUGUCUAAAGAUCAGUUUGGAGCAGCAUUUCCUUUCUUUUAUAUUGAGCCAAAAAAGUAUGAGUCUACUUUGCGAAAAUACUUCCCCGAGGAGAAGGGACCAAUAACAAAUAUUGACCCUAUUGGGAAUUCUCCGGUUAUUGUUUCAAAGGAUUCCCUUAAGAAGAUUGCUCCCACUUGGAUGAAUGUGUCCUUGGCAAUGAAGAAGGAUCCUGAAGCAGAUAAAGCUUUUGGUUGGGUGCUUGAAAUGUAUGCCUAUGCUGUUGCUUCUGCUCUGCAUGAUGUUGCCAACAUUUUACAUAAAGACUUCAUGAUUCAGCCUCCUUGGGAUACUGAAGUUGGCAACAAGUACAUAAUCCAUUACACAUACGGAUGUGACUAUGAUAUGAAGGGUAAGCUGACUUAUGGUAAGAUUGGAGAAUGGAGGUUUGACAAAAGAUCUUAUGAUAAUGCUGUACCGCCAAAGAACCUGCCCCUGCCUCCACCUGGUGUUGCAGAAAGUGUGAUGUAGAGACAGAACAGGAAGAUUGUAAAAGAUGUAUGUUUUAAAAGCCACAGUAUAUAUUGCAGAAGAAGAUAUCCGUCAUCCACUUUAAAUGAUAGAAAAUUAAGAUGAGUAUAUAUAUAAACAUUUGUUAUUAACUUAUCUAUUGAGAUUUAUGUGAAUGAGUAAUUCUAAAGUAAUAGAAAAAAUAAAAAAUUUCAUAACUCAAAUCAUAUAAUGUGAGGUCAAUUGAUAUGAAUAAGUUACUAAGAAAGGUUUGUACAUCAAUUCAAUACGAAGGUUGGUGUUGUUAACUUAAUUUUGCUUUCAAUUAAGUUUUAUAAGCAAUAUAUUUUGGCAGGUGAGACUGGUGAAAAUGGUGAAUGAAGCCACGGCAAACAUUCCAAACUGGGGAGCGUAGAGUGGGGG